GGUUACAUUUCGGGCUGUUUUCUGUUCAAUUCUGUCAUGAUAUCGUUACCUUUUCAUCUUCACACUUUCUGUGUAUCUUCAGGCUUCCACUUACCAUGGGCUAGCCACACUUGUUUCUUGUCUAUUAUUAGGGCUUUUCCUUUUUUCCCCUUCUUUUUUUUUUUUUUUUCCCUUCUAUAUUGGCUUUUCCUUUUCCUUUUUUUAUUAUCUUCAGCGUCUAUUUUGUCCCAGGUAAAAAAAAAACGGACUGUUUGGGGAUUUGCCUAUCUUUUUUUUCUUUUCUUCUCCUUCUUGUUUGUCUCAUACCCAUACUAGCUUUUUUUUUUGAAGGUACAUACAUUAUUUUUUAGGGGCACCUUUUUUUUUCUUUCUCUUUUCUCUUUUCUCUUUUGGUUUUGGUUUUUUUUUUCCUUUUCCUUGUGUUUGGGAUUGGGGAUUG